UGUCCCCUUCCUACUUUCGCCGGGUCCCAGUUGCUACAGCAUUUAAACUCGUCUACCCACCAACCUCCCACCUUUUUUUUCUCUCCCUCGCCUCAAUUCUUUUCUCUACUUGUUUGUAUUCUCACAACAAACAAAACAAAAACAAAAACCACUCACUUCACCUUGACGAUACCUACUACCUAGUAAUACUUUUCCAUACAAACAGAUAAAAACAUACCAAACAGUCUGCCCAUCAUGGUCAAGUGCGGUAUCAACGGUUUCGGUCGUAUCGGCCGCAUUGUCUUCCGCAAUGCUAUCGAGCACCCCGAGUGCGAGAUUGUCGCCGUCAACGACCCUUUCAUUGAGCCCAAGUAUGCCAAAUACAUGCUCGAGUACGACUCCACCCACGGCCGCUUCAAGGGCACCGUGGAGGUCUCGGGCUCCGACCUGGUCGUCAACGGCAAGAAGGUCAAGUUCUACACUGAGCGUGACCCCGCCAACAUCCCCUGGUCCGAGACUGGCGCCGAGUACGUUGUUGAGUCGACCGGUGUCUUCACCACCACCGAGAAGGCCUCCGCCCACUUGAAGGGUGGUGCCAAGAAGGUCAUCAUCUCGGCCCCCUCUGCCGACGCCCCCAUGUACGUGAUGGGUGUCAACGAGAAGUCGUACGACGGCAGCGCCAGCGUCAUCUCCAACGCUUCUUGCACCACCAACUGCUUGGCUCCCCUCGCCAAGGUCAUCAACGACAAGUUCGGCAUCGUCGAGGGUCUCAUGACCACCGUCCACUCUUACACUGCCACCCAGAAGACCGUCGACGGUCCCUCGGCCAAGGACUGGCGCGGAGGCCGUGGCGCCGCCCAGAACAUCAUUCCCAGCUCCACCGGUGCCGCCAAGGCCGUCGGCAAGGUCAUCCCCGCCCUCAACGGCAAGCUUACCGGCAUGUCGAUGCGUGUGCCCACCGCCAACGUCUCGGUUGUCGACCUGACCUGCCGCCUUGAGAAGGGUGCCUCAUACGACGAGAUCAAGACCGCCAUCAAGGAGGCUGCCAACGGCCCCCUGAAGGGUAUCCUCGAGUACACCGAGGAUGAUGUCGUCUCGUCUGACAUGAUCGGCAACAACGCCUCGUCCAUCUUCGACGCCCAGGCUGGUAUUGCCCUUAACGACAAGUUCGUCAAGCUCGUCAGCUGGUACGACAACGAGUGGGGCUACAGCCGUCGUGUCAUUGACCUCGUCACCUACAUCUCCAAGGUUGACGGUGGCAAGUAAGCGUUUCUUUGUUUUUGCAAAGGGCCCAAUACAGGUUGCUUGCCCAACGCUCAAGAGCUGAAGUAGGGAAUGAUAUCCUGGGGGGUGUUUUGAAAAAAAGAUAGAAAACUGCAGAAAGUAGUCUUACCGAAGAAGUAAAAAAGAACAAAAAAAGAACAAAAAAAAGCUCAAAACACACGUAUUAAUGAUUGGGAAUGAACUAUGAGAAUGAGAGAGAACAAGUAAAAGAUUGGCAUGGUAUCGUUCUGGAUGGAGGGACAAGCUUACUGCCUAUAAAGAUACCUAGUCUAUUUCACAGAAAAGAAUAUCUUUGCUCUCUGCUUAACCAGCUUUCAUUGAUGCUACUUGGAUCUCAUACUAAACAGUCGCCUGAUAAUCGCUUGGAUGUCUCAAGUACGAUAACACGUUCGUCUGAACUGGUAUUGAAGCCAUGAGAUAUGACCAAGCGUGGAAGGGGCCU